AUGGAACAAGAAGCACAUCCAUGGGCAGUGCAUCCUCAUGAAGAAGAAGAAGAAGAAGAAAUGAUGGAAGAUGGUGCUUUGAUAAGAAAGCAAUCUGUGUCACAUAGCAAGGGUGGUCUUAUUUCAGAAGAAGUAACAAUCUCCUCCUCCUCCUCCUCCUCCUCUUCUUCUUCUUCUAGUAGCAGUGGCAGUGAGCAUGAUGAUGGAAUUUGUUCAGUGGUCACAGCCCCAGAUAGAUCUCCUGAUCAGAAAGAUGGAGAAGCUUCAGAGAUAGGAAAUGGUUGUGAAAAUUGCUACCAUGUCAAUGGUGAUAAAGCACAUUGUGAAGCUGUUGGGCUUGCACAAGUAGCAGAAUUUGCUGGAGAACCAACAAAUGGAGAGGCCAUAAGUGGUUUUAAUAUGUCACAGAAUAUGAACAGUGUUUAUUUUGAUAAGCAACAAGAUGAUGAAGUUAAUGGACUUAAUGGAGUUCAAAAUGGUGAUGCUUCUGGAUCUGUUCAUCCAAAAAGUCUUGGUGGGAGAGAAUUUGAUGUUCAAACAGAUCUGUCAGUGAUUCAAACUAGUCUUUGCAGUGAAAACAAAAGUCAGUUUAUGAAAACUGUGGACAACAAGCUCCCUUCCAUCCCAGAACUAUCCCAUAUACAUAAUUCAUCUGACAUACAAGCUAUGGCUGUUACGAAUAUUCAUGAAGAAACUAGUGCAAAGGAAGCUCCUAACUUGAUAAAAGAGAUUGAUCAGCCACUUGAAGAAUUUGAUGUCGAGGCAGUAUUAGAUAAACAAGAGACACAUGACUUGUUCUGUCCUAACUGUCAUUCUUGCAUUACUAAAAGGGUAAUCCUCAGAAAAAGAAAAAGGAACGGUAAAAGAGUAGAUAGCAAAGCCAAGCGUGAUAAGUUGGAGAAGAUUCAUAGUUUAGACAACAAAGCUGAGCAUGAUAAGUUGGAGACUAUAGGUAGCUCAGGGCUGUCAGAUAGUCCUGAACAUCCCAAAUCCAACCGAGGUGAUAAUGCAAAUGUAAGAUCUGAACCUGAUGUUGUUAGUCCAGAGCCACCUGCUGAUGAUAAUCAGCCUCAUGAAGAACCAGAAGUAUUCAGAUGUUUACAAUGCUUUAGCUUCUUCAUUCCUAGUGGAAAAUGUUUUGACCUGUUUGGUAGUAUCAACAAGACUAAAGAUGCACAAAAUCCUCCAAGUGUACCUGCAAGCAAUUUGCAAAAUCCUUCAAAUCCACAAGGCUCCAAUGCAAAUUGGUUCAAGUCUCUAUUUAAUAAGGGGAAAAAAGCUAGAGGUUCACCCGUUGAAUAUUCUGGAACUGGUUCUGCUGACCAGCAUAACUCAGCAUCAAUUACUUCAGAUGAGCUCACCUCACCUGGAAUUGGUCAUCCCAAAGGGCCUACACCAGAUAUUAAUCAUGCACAUGGAGGCCCGGAUUCUCUGAUUUCAUCAACGAAUGACUUGUCAUCUAUACAGUCCGGAACAAAAAGUUCCGGUGAUUUGAUGAAUGGAGUGCAGAGAGUUGUCCAGGAUACAGCAGAUUUUUGUGCUGUGAAACAAUUACUGGAUGGAAACUUUACGGUCAGUGAGGGAGAGGAAAAGAAUGCUUCAGAGGAUAUAAUAAGGACAGAUGAUAAUGUUGAAUUCAUGCCAUCAGUGAGCAUUUCCAAUGAGAAGGUUUCGAAAUAUGAGAGUGUUCCAUCAGCAGCUGCUACUACAACUGAAAUAAUUGAAGUAGCCACAGAAGAUGCCAUUCUGAAACCAUAUGAAGGGAAACCUGAAUAUCUUACUUCUUCAACUGCAGGGUCUCAAAUCCUUAAGGAUACACUGAAAGAUGUGGACAAGACACCAGAAAUUGUUCAAAAUGGUUAUUCCUCUUUGGUACAAGGAGCACAAUCACCAAUUCAAUCAUCUGGCAGUGCAAUACUUGCAACUGAUGUAGCUAGUAGUAAACAAAAUUCUAUGACAGAUGCUAUCUUUCCAUCAAAACUAGAAUUUACAUUAAUUGACAAGGAAAUAAGUCCUCCUGCCAGAAAAGAAAAUGAAGGUGGUGAUGUGAUAGUUAAUCUUGAGGAAGAAGCAUUUGUACCCACAGCAUCUCAUACAGCAGAUGAUAUUCCAGCUGAAAGUGCUAUAAUAACUGAAUUACCAACUCGAGAACAAACUACACAACCAAGAGAUGAAGUUGGUGAACCAAAAGGGUGGGAAAUACUUAAAAGCAUUGUGUAUGGUGGUUUAGUUGAGUCAAUCACAAGCCUAGGAAUUGUGUCAUCUGCAGUUAGUUCGGGUGCUACCCCAUGUAAGUUUCUCUCUUCCUUUAGGUGGCUUAGUUAUGAUCUUUUCAAGAAUGAAAAUAAGUUAACUGGAUAA